AUGGCGGAUAAUAUCAGUGUUUCGUCAAUGGAUGAGGAUGAAGGGAGCUCUCGGUUGACGCCCAUGGAGGCGUGGGCGGUGCUCAGCGUGAAAGCUCCAAAGGUUAGGCUCACCGUUGACUUCUACAAGAACGUGUUCAGCGCCAUCGUGACUUCCCGUUUCACAUUCCGCCACCGUGGAGAGAAUCAUCUUCUUCUCUGUGUUGUGUUGCUGUUUGGCACAAUGAAAAUAGCCAUCUCCGAUGAGAUCGAUGGUGGUGAUGGUUCCAAGCAUGGUGGUAUCAGAUUGAUGUUUGAUCAAGAUUUGAAAGAAGUUGUUGCUAAGGUGGAGCUUGCUGGAGCUGUAUCUGAGGGAGAUUUCAGAGAAGACUAUAUGAUGUCAGGCAAGCAUAUGGGAAAGAUCAGGGACCCAUUUGGCAUAGAGUGGUCUAUUGUGGCAAACUUGACUGCUCCUGCUGCUGGGGAACUUGGCCAUGUCAAGUAA